GCGGUCGCAGCCAUGACCGCCCGGGUGUCGGUCGGACGCGUGCUCAAAGACACCGGCCGCCAGUACUGGGGCCGCACGGGCGUCGGCGGCCUCUCCAACGCCUACAGCGCCGAUUGGCGACCGCAGCGGCUCAUCUGGCUAGUGCUGUUCGCCAUCGGGCUGGUGAUGACGGUGAUGGACGUGGUGGACGUCAUCGAGGACUACUACGCCUUCCCGCACAGCACGCAGAUGGAGGUGGUGUACGACAGGUCGGCCAACUUCCCGGCCGUCACCGUCUGCAGCCAGAGCAAGAUCGACUGCCGCCGCCUGCUCAGUACCGCGCUCAGCGAACCCGACAACGGGCACAUCAGCAAACUCCUCAAGUCGUUCCGCUGUUUGGAUCCUAGUGGGCUGCAAUGUCCAUACAUAUGGUCAAUAGUGGCUGGUACUGUAACGAGAAGCUGGCUAGCAGACAAGUCUGUUUCUUGCCUGGAAUGCGAACAGUGCGAAACGCUACAAGAGCUGCUAGAAAUGCUUCGCCGAAAAGGUGGUGGAUCAGAGAUGGCCGAAGACCUUGAUUGGGUGUUUGGCUUUAUUGGAUGCAACACGACCUGCCCGCAGCCGAAAACGUUUACCGGUGGGGUACUGAGGUCAACAGGCGAUACCGACGGAACGGCAGCAUCGGCAGGCACGACGGACGAUGGAACGGCUGGAUCAACGGACACUGCCAAUGAUGGAACCGCUGGAUCAACGGACACUGCCAGUGAUGGAACGGCUGAAUCCAAAGACACUGCCAGUGAUGGAACGGCUGGAUCAACGGACACUGCCGGUGAUGGAACGGCUGGAUCAACGGACACUGCCGGUGAUGAAACGGCUGGAUCAACGGACACUGCCAGUGAUGGAACGGCUGGAUCAACGGACACUGCCAGUGAUGGCACGGCUGGAUCAACGGACACUGCCAGUGAUGGCACGGCUGGAUCCAAAGACACUGCUAAUGAUGGAACGGCUGGAUCAACGGACACUGCCAGUGAUGGAACGGCUGGAUCAACGGACACUGCCGGUGAUGAAACGGCUGGAUCAACGGACACUGCUAAUGAUGGAACGGCUGGAUCAACGGACACUGCCAAUGCAGACACUGCAGCUGGAUCAACAGACAACACCGAAAGUGGAACAGCGAAAUCAGCAGACACUGCGGACGGUGGGGUGGCUGGGUCAACAGACAACACCGAUGUUGUGGCACAAAAGCUGCGGAGGAAGCGAGCCGUCAUCGAAGCGGAGCUACAGGAUUCAAAUGAUCCAAGGUCUCGCGUGAGGAAGCUAGAUCCGGGUGAUUUCAAAGCGAGCAAGGCAUACGACGAAGACAUGCACAGAUUAAACGAGUUUAUGAUGCUGUCGGAAGCUAAAAGAAUAAGGAUUGGCAUAGCUUGGGAAGACUUCAUCAAAGAUUGUACUUACCUGGGCACGUCAUGCAAAGAUGAACUCCUGUUUCGAACCACAUCUUCAGCCGAGUACGGGAACUGUUUCACGUUCAACUCGAACGUGACGGAGACCUCCGACCCCUUGGCCGGGGAGCGUGUUACUGGUCUAACGGGACAGCAGUACAGCCUGGACCUGCUGUUGGACCUGAACCACCACACGUUCCCGCCGGUGACGGCCACGAAGGGGGCGCGCGUGCAGGUGCACCAGCCCGACCAGCAGCCGGAUGUCGAGGACAGCGGGCUCAGCGUGAUGCCCAACGUGGCCACCUCGAUCGCCAUCGAACAGUUGACGAUUCAAAGGCUGCCAUACCCAUACAAGUCCCAAUGCAUCACAGCGUGGACGGACGCAGAAUAUGUGCCCGUGCCACCCACUGAUGAGGACGUCAAAGAAAGCUACUCCACUACGCGCUGUCAGAAGAUGUGCCUGCAGAGUCUGUUUAUUGAGCGCUGCGACUGUCAGCACGCGAAAUAUCCGUCGCCGUUAACGUUCCGCAAACACGGGAAGCCGCUUUUGGAGAGAAUACGGCCCUGCCUGCUCACAGUCAAAGGGAACGACACCGAGUGCACCAACUCGAUCCAGCAGAAGUUUGACAACGGCGACGUCACCUGUCACUGUCCGUCGGCCUGCUUCGAGAGGUCCUUCAACACGUUCCAGUCAAUGGCCGAGUGGCCGCGGGACGUCUACCUGAUCGAAGCGGCCAGUCAGAUGGGUAUCGACAUCAGGGGACUGACACCUGAUUCCCGGAAAGAGCUGGCCUCCAACAUACUCGAGAUUAAAGUGUUUUUCAAGACUCUUAACACUGCGGCUCUCACCCAAUCCGAGUUUUAUACGUAUAGUUCCUUCUUCAGCAGCCUAGGAGGUGCCAUGUCACUUUACCUGGGCAUCUCCAUCAUAAUGGUGGCUGAAAUUCUCGAGUUCCUAUGCCUGCUGGUAUGGAACCUGAUACGCAUGGCCAGGGGAAGCUACGUCUCACCCGACGUGUCGGGGACCGGCGACAGAGCAAAGGUCGGUGAUGUCAAGAAAGUGGCGAUCCGACCAGACGGUGUGGAAAUUACCUACAUCGGAGACACCCGGGUCCCAAUGACGAAACCGAUCUAUUCUGCUGCCACAUAGGCAGCAGAAGAGCGUCUCGAAUGCAAAUAGUGAAUUAGAUAUCAAUUAUAUAUUUUCAUCUUACUGCAUUCAAAUUUAGCCGGAAAUCUUUGAAUGGACUGGUGCAAGGUCCGCGCCAUCAGCCAUUUUUGGUGAUUUUCAUUUCAAGAGUUUGUAUGUAGUGUGUGGCUGUGUGCAUUGUGCAAUUGUGUCUAUUACAUUCUGUAUUAGAUCUGUAUUGCAUAUACUUAAAUUACCAGCUGAGCUUGUCUCAGCUGAGUCAGUAAUGUAUCCCUAAUUCAACCUUGCGUAGGCGAUGGGCCCCUUCAGCCCCCUCUGAGGCGUAUAUGUCGUGGUCCCGUGAUCGCUGAAACGCUUUCACGUAGUCGAUUAGCAGUGGCAAGGACAUGUAACGUUUAUUUCGCACGCAGCCAUUGGCCGCUUCAUAGUGCUUUACGGUACAGUGCCUUACUUGUCAGUCGAUUUUAUUACCGGAAUGUUAAUGUCAGGUACUAUGAACUCUUUGUUCAAGUGCGCGCACAAUUAUUUCUCUGCAUGACUGUGUAGUGUAUAAUUCUGUAUAUGCCUUGUUGGGCAGUUAAAACCAUAUGCAAGUCAGAGUGGUCGUUUAACCACAUUCGGUUGUGCGUAUUUCGCCGUACAUGUCGCGUGUUAUACAACCACCUGAAUCAUUUAUGUAGAAAUAACCUUAUCCGACCUCAUGCUACAGUUUGGCCGCAUUGCGAGCAAUUUACGAUUAACGGAAAUGAAAUAUGUAAAUAUACAUAUGAAUAUAUAAGCAUAUAAACAUACAAAAUAUAUUAAGGCCAGCCCUCGCUUGGCUGGACCGCACCAUUUUUGAUAGUCGAGUUCAACGUCGUAUAAGAGGUCGAGUUAUGUCGGCUUUAUCGACGGAAGCCAACAGUGACAUCCAGAACGUUUUGCUUGUCAUUUCUGUUGCAAGUUUCAUCUGCUAUAUUGUUGCGGCAUGGAUGAAUUAUUGCCUCUGGAACAUGUAUGUUUACUCCCGGUAUCUGUUGAUGAAUUUGUGGUGUGAAUAAAUUUCAGUAUUCAUGUAAAAA